AUGGCACCUGACGGGCCGGACACAGUGACGGAGGCCAGCGUUCUCGCCACCCCUCAGGGCAAGGCGGCGGACGGGCACCUGGGUUGUGCGACACCGCAGGUCCGCGGCCGCGACGAGACCUUGCUCACCGAAGAUGCAACGGCCUCGAAGCUGCACGGCGAGAUGAACGCGACCGCGUGUCGUGAAGAGGACGAGGAUGACGAGCGCCUUUCGCAGAGCUCUGCGGAGUCGUGGGUGGAGCUGAACAUGGCAGAGCAAGGGAAACCUUCCGAAACAGAAUGUGCUCCUGCGGACGUGUCUGCAUCUACGCCGGUGGUCGAUGUAGCGCCACCGGUCGUGCCCUUCCUUGGUGCGUCGGAGGAUGCGGGGGACGAGCACUCGCUGGGUGUGCUUGAGGCGCAAGAGGAAGCAGCACCGUCUCCGCCGGCCCCUCAGGAGCCUUCGUGCACCCAGCUGAGGGCCACCGAGGUGGAGGUGUCGGCGCUCAUUCCUCUUCUGAUGGUCGACGAGGCCACCGCACGCGUUAGCGAGAUCGAAGCCGCCAUUAAGGAGGCAGAGCCAGAGCAGCUCUCUUCGUACUGGUCCGACGGUGCCUGCAACAGUGACGACCUUGCCUCCAUGUACUACGACGAGAUGCAGAGAAGUCAGACGGUGAACGUGGACCCUGACAGCAUGAUAUCCGUCUCGGAGUCGAGGGUCGCUGCAAACCGUGCGCCGAUGGUGGACAGCACGGAGGCGCUGCGUCGUCGGGUCAUUCAGGAGGACUUCAUGCGAACUGAGCGAGGUUCGCCGGAUGUGCCUCCGGAGGAGCGCGUGGCCAUCGUUGAAGCUCUCUUCGGCAACUUUGGUAACGAACCGAUUUCCGCAGAGACAUUCUGUGAAGUCAUGGUGCCGUAUAAACGCCACUGCGAAUGCCUCGGUGCUUCCUACGGCUUUCAUCACCAAGGCUGUCGGUUCUUUGCCGACUUCCCCAUCUCCCUGUAG